AUGUCUGAAGUAAAUGUAACAAAAGUUAUUGUAAAUAAUCCUAUAUGUGAUAUAUUAGAUCCUUUUGUUUUUACUAUUGAAUUUGAAGCUUUGAAUAAAUUAGAAGCAGAUUUGGAAUGGAAAAUUUUUUAUAUAUCAGCUGUAAAUAAUGAGGGAGAAAGUAAUCAAGAUAUUGAAUUAGAUAACAUUUUCCUAGGACCAAUUGAGAGAGGAGUUAUGAUGUUUGAUUAUGCAGUAAAUCCCCCUGACUAUAAAAAUAUGGAUAUUGAUAGCGUUUUGGGACUUCAAGCUAUUUUGAUAUCGGCAAAUUACAAAGAAAAGGAAUUUAUUAGAAUUGCUUAUUACAUGAAUUCAUUUUACAAAGAUAUGGAAUUAAGAGAAAAUCCUCCUGUAGUUCCACAAUAUGAUAAAAUAUGUCGUCAUAUAUUUGUUGAAAACCCUAGAAUUGUAAAAUUCAGUAUAGGUUGGGAUUCUGAAGAAAAAGAUGAAUUUAAAGAAUUUGAUAAAGAAAUUGAAAAAAUUGAAUUACUUAAUUGUACACAAAUUAAAGGUGAAAAUGAAAAUAAUUCAAAUAUAACUAAUCAAUCUACACAAGGAAAUUUUGUUCUUUCCAAUAAUGAUCCUAAUAAUAAUAAUAACAAUCCUAGUAUUACUUCAAGUAUGAUUUUUAAUAGUAAUAUUGUAAAUAAUAAUUUCAAUCAAAAUAAUUUCUUAAAAAAUAAUGAAUUGUCAUCUGAUUUAGACAAAUGUGAAAUUUUUAAUGCAAAUAUAAAUGGAAUUAGUAGAAUUACAAUUGACAAUAAAAACUCUUAA